AUGAUGCACAAAAAUACCAAGACUGGCCAGCGGAAGGUCUCUCCUCCCGGCCCAACUUACAUGAACGGCGACCAGAUCGCAAGCUUCUUAAAGGAUCUCCGAACGAAUCGUCCAGCUCGUCCCACUGGCUCUCGUCCAUACCCAGGGAAAGCAGCAACAUCCCCGACCAAUCCCCAGGAUGACCUACCCCCGCGAGCGACCUCCGCCUUCUCAAUGAACCGACCGCACGAGGAACCUGUUGAAGACCAACCCCGUGCUGGCAGCGCGCUGUCGCAUCGUCGAACAACCUCCAACGUCCCUCAGAGUGGCCCUAUCGGCCGUCCUUUAGCCCAAGAGCCACGAGCGAUGUCCGUGCGGAAGAAUGUCUUCCCUUCGCAAGUGUUUUCACGCUCUGUGCCCAUUGCUGCGUCGCCAGUCCCUUCAUACCGUGAAAAUGGUCAUCGGCUACAAGAAAAGGAAGAGGCGCGUUCUCUACGCGAUGCGCUGCAAGGAUUGGAUCUGGAAGAUGACGAUGUGCGUCUCCAUAAAGCAGCCCAAGAUGAAGCCACGGAGCUGGUGUGGAUGCAUCAGAAUCCAGGCAUGGCCAACAAGAACCCCUACGCGCCUUAUCAGAACCCAGACUUUAGCAAGAGCAGUUCAAGUUCCGCGCGGAGAGGCUCAGAGUCUUCUUCCAAGAAACAUCGACACUCAAUCGGCUCCAGUGCCUCCUCUAGUAACCCAUCAAGCCCGGAGUUUACCAUGGAUUCGUCUGCAAAGAAACGGUCAUCUCGGGCGGGAAAUCUAAAGAAGAAUCUUAAAGUCAAUUUCGCACUGCCUGACGAUCCCCCGGAGUCUGCUCCCAAGCCUCGAACUGUCAGUGGGGAUACCUCCAAAGGGGUAUUCAGAAACCCCGACGAUCACAUUUAUGAAGAACCCAAUGAAUCUAGUAAAGAAGCAGCUGAUACCCGACCCUUCUUUUCGAGAUCCGCCUCCUCGGCAUUACGAAAUGAACCACGCAACGCACUUCCUCGUACCCCAAAGCCUCUUCCUUGGUUACGGGAUCGGAACAGUAAUGGAUCCGUCCGCGACAAAAUUUCCAAGUUCGACAUUCAUAAGAACCCGCCUACCCAGUCUCGGGACGCUGGAUAUACAAGAAACGAACCGACUCCACCACCCGCACCCUCUACCAAGGAAGAAGAUGUCCCCACAAAAGAUGGAAUCGAGAUACGCAGUGAUGACAUCCGUGCCGCCACCAGCAAGAAACUCAAAGACCGAAGCGAGAACCUGCCCAGGCCUUCUGCUGUUAGUGAUCGAGUUGGACGACCGAUCGUGAGCUUUGAUCCGAAGUGGCAGCCAGAAAAUCAGCCAAAACCCAACCGCUCGUCUCCUCCAGUACCUACCAUUCAAGUGGCGCCGAGCAUUGAGAUCACACCUAGUAUUGAGGUCACCCCCAGCAUUGAAGUGUCCGCACCGCGUCCUAUCCCUGUAAUCAAUAUCCCGGAUAUCAAGGAGCCAACUAUCUCGGAAUACAGCUCGCCUACCAAACAGGACAGCAGAUCCCCAAGGCAAGUACCACCAUCAACAGCCCGCCAGACUCAACCAAGACCCUUGGGAAGACAGCCUUCGGAACCACAGAGUCGCUGGACCACGCCGUACAGCCGAUCCGGUGUACCAACUGCAAGCUGUGAGGCCUGCUCGCUCGGUAUCUCCGGGAAGAUCGUUACGGCUGGAGGCUGUAGAUUUCACCCAGAGUGUUUUAUCUGCUUCCAUUGCCAGACGCAUCUAGAAUGCGUUGCUUUCUACGAAGAGCCUUCUGCCAGUCGAGAGGAACGCCUGGCAAUCUCGCCCGACGAAGACCGUGUACCUCGAUUCUACUGCCACCUGGAUUUCCAUGAACUAUAUAGUCCUCGCUGCAAGAGCUGCAAGACCCCGAUUGAGGGCGAGGUAAUAGUUGCCUGCGGUGCCGAAUGGCAUGUGGGCCACUUCUUCUGUGCCGAGUGCGGAGAUCCCUUCAGCUCUACCACCCCAUUCGUCGAGAGGGACGGAUUCGCCUGGUGUCUCAAUUGCCACUCUCGUCGCACUGCGGCCCGUUGUAUGGGCUGCAAGCAGCAUGUUCUUGACGACGUCGUUGUCAAUGCCAUUGGUGGGCAAUGGCAUGAACGUUGCUUUACCUGCCACGAAUGCGGAGACGGAUUCGGCCCUGAGGGCCGCUUCUUUGUUCGUGAAGGCGAGCCAAAACGAACGGCCAAGGGUCGUAUCAUCGGUGGACCUGUCCAACUGGCUGUCUGUGAGCGAUGUGAAUGUAUUCGCCUCAAGGCGCCUGGCAUGUGUUGA